CCACCACCAAUGCUAGACUACGCCGACCUAGACGGUUGUGUCGCCCCCUACAAACAUGGGGACGAGUGUACCUACCAUUGCUUCGACGGGUUCUGUCCGGAUCCAGACGGCGGCACCGGCGACAUGGCGACCUGCGAUGAUGGAGUUUGGGUUUGGAAUAAUCCUCCUCCCAUUGAAUGUAAAAUGGAUUGUGGCCCACCACCAAUGCUAGACUACGCCGACCUAGACGGCUGUGUCGCCCCCUUCAAACAUGGGGACGAGUGUACCUACCAUUGCUUCGACGGGUUCUGUCCGGAUCCAGACGGCGGCACCGGCGACAUGGUGACCUGCGAUGAUGGAAUUUGGGUUUGGAAUAAUCCUCCUCCCAUUGAAUGUAAAAUGGAUUGUGGUCCACCACCAAUGCUAGACUACGCCGACCUAGACGGCUGUGUCGCCCCCUUCAAACAUGGGGACGAGUGUACCUACCAUUGCUUCGCUGGGUUCUGUCCGGAUCCAGACGGCGGCACUGGCGACAUGGUGACCUGCGAUGAUGGAGUUUGGGUUUGGAAUAAUCCUCCUCCCAUUGAAUGUAAAAUGGAUUGUGGCCCACCACCAAUGCUAGCCAACACCAAUCGAGGCGGCUGUGUCGGCCCCUUCAAACAUGGGGACAAGUGUACCUACACAUGCAUCGCUGGGUUCUGUCCGGAUCCAGACGGCGGCACCGGCGACAUGGUGACCUGCGAUGAUGGAAAUUGGGUUUGGAAUAACUUUCCCAUGGUCUGUAAACAGGAAUGUGGCGCACCACCAGUGCUAGCCAACACCAUCCGAGGCGGCUGUCUCGCCCCCUUCAAACAUGGGGAGGUGUGUACCUACACAUGCAUCGCCGGGUUUUGUCCGGAUCCAGACGGAGGCGCCGGCGACAUGGUGAUCUGCAAUAAUGGAAUUUGGUUUUGGAAUAAUCCUCCCCCCAUGGAAUGUAAAAAGGAUUGUGAUCCUCCACCAACGCCAGACUGCGCCAGUAUACUCUUCUGUAACCCUCCGGGGCCACCCUACAAACAUGGUGCGAAUUGUUUGUACGAUUGCGAUGCCGGGUCCACUGAAGUCGGUGGCAACGACAUGCUGACCUGCAAUGAUGGGUUCUGGAUUGGAGUCCCCCUGGACUGUAAAAAGGAUUGUGUAGCUCCGCCAAUGCCAGACUGUGCUACUGUAGCUGGCUGUAUCGCCCCCUACACACAUGGGGAGGUGUGUAACUACCAAUGCGAUUUCUGGUGCUACGAAUUUCUUGGCGACAACUUACUGACCUGCAUUGAUGGAGUCUGGAUUGGAACACCCCUGGUCUGUCUAUUAUAUUGUCCUGCACCACCGUUACCACUCGACACCAUCCGAUCCCUCUGUGUCGCCCCCUACACACAUGGAGAGAUGUGCGACUACGAUUGUAAACCCGGGUACAGUAAAACCGGCGGAGACGACAUGCUCACCUGCAAUAAUGGAGUCUGGGACGGGGACGAACUGGAAUGUAAAGAGGAUUGUGAGCCACCACCAGAGCCAGAAGACAGGGAUCUAAUCAACUGUGAUCCCACGGGCCCCCCAGCCAUAUACCCGCAUGGGACGGGGUGUUACUACGAAUGCGCAGAAGGGUACACUUACGACAGCGGCAACGACACGCUGACAUGCAACAAUGGAGAAUGGGAGGAGAGCGACGAACCCCUAUACUGUAAACCUAAUUGUGAAGAGCCAACAGCGCCAGCCAACACCGUUCUAGACAGUUGCACCCCCCCUGCACCCCCGUACUACCAUGGGGCGGAGUGCACCUUCAAAUGCGCAGUCGGGUACACUAAGGUCAGCGGCGGCGACAACAUGAUGACCUGCCGUGGUGGAACCUGGCUCCUGGUCGGGGAACAACUAUUAUGUGCGCCCAGUGAGUAUCUUGCAAUCGCUGCAAGGAAAGUGACUGUGUCCAAUCUUAAAUGUGCUCAGUCAUAG